UUCAACAUGCAGUCGACUCUAGAUGAAGUUCUGUGCAAAUGCUGCGGUGAUACAGCAGGGAACCGGUUUCAAGGAUUACACCAGAACGUGUCGGUGAAUGGAAAGGAGCUGAUGGUGCGCAAAAUGUUUGAUAUAUUCCACAUUCCUCAGGAAAUUUGCUUAGUGGAAGAGGAUGUUGUGUGUGAACACUGCUUGGAACAGCUGAAGUUCUGCUACCAAUUUUACGAUAAAUUCCUCGACGUAAUAGCAUCUGCCACUAGAGUACCUCCACGCAGUCUUCAGAUUCUCGAGCAGGACGAAGUAUCGCUUACUUGCAGCUUGUGUGAAGCCUCUUUCGUCAAUAAUUUAGAUUUGGAAAAGCAUACCAAAAUCAUCCACUCACCCGGGAAGUACUACUACUGUGCGGCGUGUGAAAAGUAUUUCAUUACCAAGCGAGGCAUGAUACAGCAUACGGCAGCGAUUCACCAUGAUGCAAGCGAAACGUUCUCGUGUGACAUUUGCCAAAGAUCUUUUACUACGAGAAACAACUACCAGAAUCACAUGCGAUAUCACAAGGAUUAUGUGUGCCAUUUCUGUAACACCGGUUGGUUAACUGAGUCCAACUUACUGCAGCAUGUCAGUGCGAAUCACGCCGAUCGCCUGUUUGUGUGCCCGUUCUGCGAUCGCAAAGAUCGAUUGCGGAAAACUCUCAACCGGCACGUGCGAUCCAGUCAUCAUCCACAAAGCUGUGUUUUCUUCUGUGGCUACUGUGGUAUCGGUAGUACGGGCUACGAUAAUUUAGAAUCACUAAACGACCAUCUGAGGCAGUUGCAUGAAGAAGAGAGCGCACCAGCGAACGCAUACGAUCACCUGUUGAACGACAGUCUGUUCGUGAAGGAGCUACCAGCGCUGGAACUAGCACCGCCUGAAUCCAUCGACAAAGAGCAGGAAGAAUUUCUACAAAAUGUAAAUCUAACCCGCACCAACCAAAGCAACGAAAGCAGCAAAGUAAAACCGGAUGGCGGCGGGUUAGCCGAAGCGAGGUUUGACCAAAAGACUGUGCUGGAAGACUUUCUGGAUGAGGCGUUCGAGAACAACGAAAUAUGGGAAAAGUACAUCGAGAACGGUGAAGAGUAUCUGAUCGAUGAUUACGACUUCUACCUGAAAAGGAUAGAGGAACCGCAGCAGGAAUCGGGCAAAUAUCCUUGCCCGCACUGUAGUGAUCGUAGUUUCUCGAAGCAGUUCCAAUUGAUGGUUCAUUUGGCGGAACAGCACGAUAUCGCCAGCCUGGUGUGCAACGAUUGUGGUGCGAGUUUUGCAAGCCUGCAGAGCUACCGCACACAUCGUCGGGAGCACAUGAAGGAGAACGUUCGCUUUCGGGAGAGCAACAUCCCGGAAGUGGAGGAGGCGCUGUCGCUGGUUCAUAGUACCGCAUUGGACUAUACGGUUCGCGAGGAAGAGAGCUGUUAUCGAUUCACAUGUAGCCUGUGUGAUCGGUCAUUUUUGCGAAAGCACAACUUAGAGAAACACACGUGUGCCUUCUACAAGCGCCAUCAACAGGAAACGGGCGAACGGCCGACAAUUAGGUGUCAGUACUGUGAUUUUCAAUCCCACGUCGCGAAGGAGGUAUUCAUUCAUCAGCGCAAGCAUCAAGAGGAAGGCCAGGAAAGUAUCUACUGCACGCUGUGCGAUCGUCGAUUUAGCUCUACCUCUGGGCUAAAGUAUCACCUAAAGCGCCACACGGGCAUCAAGGCAUUUACAUGUUUGUACUGUGGGAAGAACUUUACGGCCAACUCGAACCUUAACGCUCACAUAAGGAAUGUACACAGUGACCACAAGUCAUUUGGCUGUCCGGAGUGCGAGGAAACGUUUGCAUCGAAAGACCACCUGAACAAGCACCAACGAUCACGCCAUCGCCAGGAACGGUCAUUUGUGUGCAGUGACUGUGGAAAGGCCUACUUCCAGCGUUCACAUCUUAAUGAACAUGUGGCUGCCUGCCAUCGAGAAUAUCGGUAUCGGUGUAACAUUUGCAACAAUUCAUACGCCGCGCGUGGUUCUCUGAAAAGACAUCAGCUGCAGAAGCAUCUUUUGGACUAAGGGAUCUUAUCGUGGCAUACAGAAAUAGUAUGCGAAGUAAUAAACAGUGUUUGUAAAUUGAA